GGAUGCACUACUUCCUGCUCGGUGACCCCGCCCCUUCACAACAACAAGGAACAGCUGCUCCAGCAACAACACCGACUCAACAGGCGGAGGUUCAGGACUCUUUUCCCGGGUCCACGGAGCUCCCCCCCGCUCCGGUAAUCAUGGCCCAGGCGAACAUAUCGGUAACGGAGAGUCAGUUCCGGUGCCCGGUGUGUCUGGACACCCUGAAGGAGCCGGUUUCCACCCCCUGCGGACACACCUACUGCAAGACCUGCAUCAACAACUACUGGGACCAGGCGGAGGGACACUUCAGCUGCCCGCAGUGCCGCGAGACCUUCAGCCCGCGCCCCGUGCUGCGCAGGAACACCGUGCUCGCGGAGAUGGUGGACAAACUGAAGCUGAGUGAGAUGCUCUCGGCUCCGGAGCUCUUCAUGGGGGGGUUCGGGGACGUGCCGUGUGACUUCUGUCCUUCAGAGAGCCGUCUGCGGGCGGAGAAGUCGUGCCUCGUGUGCCUGGCCUCGUUCUGCGAGCUGCACGGCCUCCCGCACCGCGACGUGGUGACGCUGCGCCGCCACAAACUGGUGUCCGCCGUGGAGAGUCUGUCCGAGAGGCUCUGUGCUCAACACCGCCUCGGACUGAGGUCUGUAGGGGAGGAGGGGGAGGAGGAGGGUGGGGGGUGGAGAGGAGACUGCCUGCUGUGUGAGGACCAGGAGGAGGCGCAUAACGUGGAGGCGCAGAGACACAGGAGACAGCUGCAGGAGGCUCAGAGGACGGUUCAGGUGAGGACACGCACCGGAGAGAGGGAGUUGGAGGAGUUUCAACAAAGCCUGGAUUCCCUCAAGGUGUCAGCGUCGGCUGUUCUGGAGGACAGUGAAGCCGUGUUUGCAGACAUGGCCCUCCGUCUGGAGAAAACCAAAGCAGAGGUCAGAGCGCGGCUGGAGACGAAGGAGCGGGCGGUGGUGGGGCGGGCGGAGCGAGACGUGGAGCAGCUGGAGAAAGAUCUGGAGGAUCUGAGGAGGAGAGAGAAGGAGAUCUGUGAGCUGCUGCAGAGCGACGACAACACACACUUCCCGCAGGCUGCCCCCCUGCUGUGCGUCCCUCUCUCCUCUCGCCCCUCUCUCUCCCUCUCUCUCCCCCCCGAGGGGUUCAGUGGCGCCCGCAGAGCGCUGAGUCGUCUGCGCAGCCGCAUGGAGGAGCUCUGCAGGGAGGAGGGGGAAAAGAUCAGCCACGCAGUUAAUGAGGACUACGUGGGUGGAGGGUGUGUAAAAGAGAACUCCAAACCAUCACAAUCUGCAAGGCAACACACCACAGGGGCAGUGACUGUUUCGUCCUUCGCUCUGUCCUCUCUGUCUCUGCAGCCGGCCGAUCAGAGGAUGAGAGCAGCUUUCCUCAGGUUUUCAUGCCGCCUCUCCUUGGACACCGACACUGCCCACCCUACCCUGGUUCUCCUGGAGGGUCCCCAGGGUGCCCACUGUGGAGAGGAGCCCCAGCCCUACCCUCCUCACCAGCAGCGUUUUGACUCCGUAGCCCAGGUGCUCUGCAGGGAGGGCCAGUUUGGAGCCAGCUACUGGGAGGUGGAGUGGAGGGGCGGAGGGUGGGUCGAUAUCGGCAUCACUUACAAAGGAAUCGGACGAAAAGGCGGCGGGAAACCUUGCCUUUUGGGGCGAAACGAGAACUCGUGGCGUUUGAGGUGCACUCACGCAGGAUACGCCGCUUGGCACGAUAACCGGAAAACCACGGUUGCUGCCCCCCCUUGCCCGAGGAUUGGUGUUUUCUUGGAGAGGCAGAAAGGAGCGUUGUCUUUCUACAGCGUGUCGGACACCAUGGUGCUUCUGCACACGUUUCGAUGCCCGUUCUCUCAGCCGCUUUACCCCGCGUUUCGCCUGGACCUGGACUCCACCCUGAUCAUCUGCCCCCAUGAGGGAGGAGGAUGUGGGAACCCAAACUAAUAUUGCCCAACCAUUCCCCCCCCAAGGACCAGAGAUGUCAGAAGUACACACAUCCUUUCCUCAAGUAGAAGUACAGAUACUCAUGUUUAAAAAUACUCUGGUGAAAGUAGAA